CUCAUGGUAAUGUGGGCUACAUGUUAAGAUGUCUAAGAAUACUUUUAAGUGAAUAUAAUAACGCCUGCGUGACAAGUCUACAACUGUAUUAAGGGUCCAUCCAAUUAUCUCAAGCAUUUGUGACUUAUACCAUCAGUGACGACUGACAAGCCUGGAAUCUGUCAUCUGAUCAAUAUGCCGUCAUGUCGUAUUGCGUGCUGUGUAACAAAAUAAUAAUGUCUCUACUCCAGUCACAGAUCAAUUGACACCAACCAUUUAUCGGAAUCGCUUUAUAGUUUUCUGAUUUUCUCUACAGACAUUAGGAAUAAUUCUACCAAUAAUCCGGCUUUUCAGAUCACAGGUGUACAUAACUUCGAACAUGAUACAAGUGAAAAAAGUAUGAAACACCAUCAACAAUUUCCAGUACAAAAACUGAUUAAAGAUUGAAAUAAUGAUAAACUGAUUCUGAAAUAUUCUGAACACUUCCGCAAAUUGAAAACACAUUGAGCUGUUAGUAAAUUUUGUGAUAAAAAGAACAUCCGGCAAGACGAAAAUAAACUUAGACGAGAUAAAACGCAUUCAGAAUCUGCGCAAUAUUUUUUGUCGUAAACAGAAAUGUUGGAUUCUUAAGUUAUUGACAAAAUCUUGCAAGUGAAUAUAGGUGUGUAAUCUAAAAUAAUUUGAGGGCAGAUUUUUACCAUAGCAUUUUGUUCUUAAUUUUCAAAGCUGUAUUUAGUGAUGAUCAAGACUGUAGUCACAAACAAAAAGUUCCAAAGAUUAUGUGCCAGACUAAACAUGUCAUCAGGUCAUCAAUGAGCAUUUGAAGAGAAGACUUAAAAUCCAGAAAUAUCUAGUGACGAUCAAGAUAUUUAGUCACAAACAAAAAGUUCCAGAGAUAACGUGCCAGAAUAAACACGUCAUCAGCUCAUAACAUUUGAAGAGAAGGCUUCAAAUCCAGAGAUAUUCACUUCUGAAAGCAACAUCGUACUUAAUUUGAGCUGAAAUCGUUAAUAAGAUGCUGAUAAACAAUAUGUGGAACAAUACAAUGAACAUUUCAACAGACGUUCUUAAUAACGAUGUUACAUAUGAGGAGGUGGUUUCCAAGGAAGUGGUGCAGAAAUUAACUGUGGUGUUUGUUAUGAUCUUUACACCACUGUUCGCAUUUUUUGGAUCCCUGGGAAAUAUCUUGAGUCUGGUUGUGCUAGUUCAAAAUCGUAUGAGAAAUCCUACCAACUUUUUACUUGCUGCUUUAGCCAUAUCAGAUUUGCUCUUUUUGAUCCAUAGUUUCAUAUUCUCAUUUAUAUUUAUUUAUAAAUCUCGAGAUCCGAUUGGUGGAGAAAAUUUACGUCGAUCAACGUAUCCAUAUAUAGGCGCCUUUGGAAGUAUUGUUACUGGUCGCAUUACAACAUGGUUGACCACACUUUUAAGCUUUGAGAGAUUCAUAGCUGUACGUUUUCCAAUGAGAGUUCGAGUCUUGUGUCGAAAACAAAACACAUGUAUAGCGAUUGCCGUGGUUUACAUUGUGACCUUGGUAGCUUUUGUCCCCUUUCCGCUGAAAUAUCGUAUUCAGUACCAACCCAACAGUUCAUUAGUGAUACUAAAUCGUACAGCCCUUGGAUAUAAUUUAAAAUUUUGUGCCAUAUAUGGAACUUUGUUAAACAUAUUGUUCAGAUUUUUGCCGAUACUGCUUUUAAUUCUGUUGAACAUCGCAAUCAUAUUAGCCAUUAAGAAAACUUGGAAUAUGCGACGGCUCAUCAGCAAGAACAGCAACCACUGUACAACUUAUGAACAAAAUCGAAUAACCAUGAUGUUGUUAACCGUAUCCAUGGUAUUUUUAGUCUGCAUUUUACCAGGAGCUCUGAACAGUCUCGCAACAAAAGUUAAACCAGGAUAUUCCAUAUUUGGUAAACAGCGCAAUCUGUAUCUAAGUAUUUCUACUGUGACUUACUUCCUGGAAACUGUCAAUUCAGCAGUCAAUUUUAUCAUUUACAUGGCGUUCAGUAAAAAGUUCUACACCACAUAUAAGGAGACAUUCUGUUGCAGCAGAACUGGCUCACGUGUACAUAAAAGUUCAUCCAAGGAGGUAAUACGUUACAAAUGUCGAUGGCAAGGUUCGCAGUCAAGUUCUUCCGGGACUCAUGAAGGGAGGCUAUCCAGCUUGCUUUCAAAUCGUACUCUCGUUAAAAAGGAACAACAACAACCCAUUUGUUUAUUACAUAAUACUGGAGACAUUGAAAUCUGUAAAUUUUCUUGUCAGAAAGGUGAUCGUAAAGACGUUAAUGAAAAGACUGAGAGAUUUAGUUAGACUGCGAAUAAUUCUUGAGAUCAUUGGGGAAUCAAAGGCUUUCAUCGAUUCUUCAUUUUAAAGGAUUACUGACAGAUAAUUUGUGAGGAGUCAGUAACACAAAAGUAGCUAGUCAGAUUAGAAAUUCUUUUGUUUUAAAUCCUUUAUAGCAGGCCAUUCUCACAUGUGAUUAAUCAAUACUGCAGCUAGAUUUUAGUGUCUAAAUAGGAAUAUAAAAUUUGUUACAUUUCAUCUCAGGAGCUAGAGAUUUACUUUUAUCAAAAUUUCUGUAUGACUGGAGAUAAUAUGUUACCAGUCCAUCAUGUGAGAGAAUGCAUCAACCCUGUUGAAUUAAAAUUCUCUAAAAUUGUAUAGUCAAUAGUUAAAUUGUACAUAUAUACAGUCUAUAGUCAAAUUGUAUAGUCUAUUGUCAAAUUGUAACAGAUCUUCAUGGAAUCAAAGUACUUGUCUCAAUCUUGAACAACUAUAUAUAUAUAUAUCGUCUUCUUUUGCCACAUGGCUUAUUUUAACAGCUUAGUGAAUAAUCAGCAAGCUUGUUUGCUUUUUUAUCGGGUUAUCAAAAUUACUGUUAAAUGUGCUAAUUACUCGGAUAAUAAACUACAUGGCCGAUUCUAACUAAGUUGGGUGACUUCUUAACAAGUAAUGAUUAACUCGUUGUAAUUUAGCCGAAAGUAGAUUGAUUUAUGAUACAAUCAGCUUUGAGUGAAAUUUUGCCUAGAGAGCGUUGCUUCGGCCUUUACUCUUAUAUUAAAUUUCAAGGGAUAUUUUACGGGAAUGCCAAUGACAAUGUGUGCAUGGGACCUCGUUUUUUUUUUUGUCCCAUGUGAAUGACUAUACGUUGUCCCUUGCCAGUGCCCCUGUCCUGCAUCACUAACAAGAGGGAAGAACGUCCCAAUGAACUUUCUCAGCCAAUGCAGGGAUCCAACACAGGACCUCUAGGCUAGCGAGCCAAUGUCUAACUCAUUGAGACCCUCCACCGCCCGAUGAAUAGACCCAGGGAUUAGUGGAGCAGAGAACGAAACAAUACUACUGGGGAUACCGAAGAUGAUCAGUAAAUUAAAAGUCAUUUGGCAUGUGUAGUGAUGUAUUAAUAGUUAGUAAACUGUCUCGAGAGGAUCAUAGCAAUGGUUCAUGUGCAUAUAAUUAUAUAAUGUAUGUUACAGAGUAUUUAAAUUGUUUGUUUGUUUAUUUAUAGAAUAUAUAUAUAUAUAGCGCUAUUAAUAAAGUUAUAUACAUACACAA